ACGGAGCCGGAGAGCAGAGCCAACCGUACACCGGAGCGGCGGACAAAUUCAGCUCCCAGCUUUGUGUUUUAGCGACUAACCCGCCUUUUAGGCAAUUAAAUAAUUUCUUUCCAACUUCAGCUACAGUGAUAGCUAAGUUUGGAAAGGAGAGAAGAGAAGAAACGUCGCGUCUUUCUUUUGGUUUUUUUUCUCAUUGUGUCGCUGCAUACAGAACAUUCACUGGUUUAUUCUUUUUUUUCUUCCUUGUUUUUUCCAACCACUGGGAUCUUUCUUUAAAAUGGAUAAUUCUGGACCCAAGAAGACAUGCUGUGAAUCAGUCCGAGAUUUCUUCACCUCAGCUAAAUUCCUUAUCUACAUGGGACAUGCUCUGUCAACAUGGGGUGACCGAAUGUGGCACUUUGCCGUGGCUGUUUUCCUGGUAGAGCUGUAUGGGAACAGCCUGCUGCUCACAGCCGUGUACGGGCUGGUGGUGGCGGGCUCCGUGCUGCUGCUUGGGGCCAUCAUUGGGGACUGGGUUGACAGAAACCCCAGACUCAAAGUGGCCCAGACUUCGCUGCUCGUCCAGAACAGUUGUGUCAUCGUGUGCGGGAUCCUCCUGAUGGUUGUUUUCCAGUUCAAAGAACAGCUUGUGGUGCUCUACAAUGGAUGGAUUCUGACAACUUGCUACAUUCUGGUCAUCACCAUCGCCAACAUCGCCAACCUUGCCAGCACAGCUACCUCCAUCACCAUCCAGAGGGACUGGGUUGUGGUUGUGGCAGGCCAGGACAGCAGCAAGUUGGCAGAUAUGAAUGCCACAGUGAGGAUUAUUGACCAGCUGACCAACAUCCUGGCUCCCAUGCUGGUUGGCCAGAUAAUGGCCUUUGGCUCUCAUUUCAUUGGCUGCGGCUUCAUCUCCGGCUGGAACCUGUGCUCCAUGUGUCUGGAGUAUGCCCUGCUGUGGAAGGUCUACCAGAAAACGCCAGCCUUGGCCGUGAAGACAGGGCAAAAGGAGCAGCAGCAGGAGCUCAAGCAGCUCAGUCCCGUGAGAGACUCAGAGAACGGCCAGAGUCCUGAGGAGUCCUCUCAGCCGCUGAUGAAUGAAACCUCAGUGGUGGCCAAGCCCGACUCUCCCAAGCCACACGGCUGUUGCUACCAGGUGACCGAACCCAUACGGACCUUCAAGGCUGGCUGGGUGGCCUACUACAACCAGAACAUCUUCUUGGCCGGCAUGUCCCUGGCUUUCCUCUACAUGACAGUGCUGGGCUUCGAUUGCAUCACCACUGGCUAUGCCUACACGCAGGGCCUCAACGGCUCAGUGCUCAGCCUGCUGAUGGGAGCUUCAGCUGUGUCGGGUAUCUGCGGCACUGUCGCCUUCACCUGGGUCCGCAGGAAGUGUGGCUUGAUCCGCACGGGCUUCAUCUCGGGAAUGGCUCAGCUGUCCUGCCUCAUGCUGUGCGUAUUCUCCGUCUUCACUCCCGGGAGCCCCUUAGACCUCAGUGUCUCACCGUUCCAGGACAUUUACAAACACUUGAUUGGAGAGACGACCCUGCCCGAGGCUGACCACAGCCUCACCAGCCUUUUCAGUGGGAAUGUCACUACUCCUGCACCGGCUGAAGAGCUGCCACCUCUGCAGUCCUACAUGUCUGUUAGUCUGCUGUUUGCUGGCGUCAUUGCUGCUAGAGUUGGCCUGUGGUCUUUUGACCUGACAGUCACCCAGCUCAUCCAGGAGAAUGUGAUCGAGUCGGAGCGAGGUGUGAUCAACGGCGUCCAGAACUCCAUGAAUUACCUCUUAGACCUGCUGCACUUCAUCAUGGUGAUUCUGGCUCCGAAUCCUGAGGCCUUCGGCCUGCUGGUCAUCAUCUCUGUCUCCUUUGUGGCCAUGGGUCACAUCAUGUACUUUAGGUUUGCCUUCAAGAGCCUGGGUAGCCGCCUCUUCCUCUGCUGCUCACCGGAGCAGAAGGUGGAGACGGUAGACAGCCCCUCACUUCCUACUACCGUCUAACUCCGUGGAAGCGACCGUGUCCUGGGUACAUAUUUCUCAAGCCUUACACUAUCCUUGCACCGUAUUUAUCUAACUAACCUCAUUUCUUGUAGCGGGCAGGAUGCUAAUGCUAACAUAAACCAGAGAAAUGUAACUUAACAUGCUAUGCACAGCCAUUAAAAAGCAUUAAUCAUUAGGAGAAGAGGUGAGUAGAAAGCUUACAGUCAUAGAAAGGUAGUCUGCAGUAAAACUGUAGAUAAGGCAUGCAGGCAACUUUUUCAGUCUGGGUGUCAGAUGAGAGCCUCAGCUUUUCAUCUACAGGCCCUUGCUCCUUAAUACAUACGUGUACUGUCAGACAAGGAUCCAUCACCUUUAGGCUUGUGACCCCAUUUUGGGUCUUGUUAAAGAAACCGGUAAAAUAUUCUCCUCCUGACAGCCUGGGUCUAGCUGUAAAGAUUUUGUAAAAGGUGCUUCAGCUGACAAAAGGGCAAAAUGAGGGAGAAAUGUUGCAGGGAAGCCGGCACUUCCCUGCAACGGCGACUGCCUGAGAUCCUAAAAGACAGAGCCAGACCUCUCAUUUUUUGACACUUGCCUUUCAGUGUCCUCACUGGUGCUGUAGCUGUGUCUGUUAGCUGUUCUCUGAUAACAUACUCAUGGUUGUGUCAGCUUACAUAUACAUGUGUGAUGAGCAGGUCGAAGAGGUCUUCCUCCUGCAGGGGGUGGUUACUUUUUUUUAUUUGACCAAACACAAAUCUGGGAUCUAGUCUCUUUAAUGCAUCGGUAUAAGGGUUAUGCAAUUAACUGUAUUUUUUCAGGAAAUGCAGACGGUGGUUUUUAUAAUAAUUGUAUCAUCAGUAUUGUGUUGUGCGCUAGUAGCUGUGCUAUAAGAAACAAAUGAGAAAUCCUAUGCACCCUUAUCAAUAGUUAUCUCACUUACCAAAGUCAAAAGUCCACAUGUGGCACAAAAGGAAGUGAGGGAAACCAGUUAUCUGUCUGAAGCAUUCCAAAUAUAUAUAUUUUUGCAUCAGGUGACAGUAGUGUAGAUUCACUAAUGCUUUCAUAUGACCCUAGUAUAUCUAUGUUUCUAAACCACUCUGAGAUUGUACUUAAUUUUUGUUUUUUUCUGGUAGUUUACAUCAAUAGUUUCAUUCUUUUGUCACCUUUUGAUUUUUAUGUUUGAGUUCUCUGGAGUGAUUUUUCAAUCGUGAUUGUUGUUACACAGGCACUUUAAGUGAUUGACGUCUGUCAUUACACCCAAUGCGUGAUCAGGUCUUUGAUCAAUAUUUUUGCACAAGGCCGAAGCCCCGUCUCCCCCAGGUUCCCCCGCCCGGCACAAUCAUAUUUCAGUCACUUAAAGUUUCCCUGUCAGUUUGUUCAGGUGCUGUGGGGCAGGGUGGGGGGGUGGGGUGGGGUUGCGGUUCAAAAAGGCACAUAUUCCAAAACUCGGCACCACACGUUAAUGAGGAAAAACUGGACCAGCCCCUGUGAAAAAGUCUGAAUACACCUCCAGUUCACUUCAGAUUCCCCUCGUUUCCUCAAGAAGUUGGCAUGGGAGCUUAGUCGACAUUAUAGGAUCUCAGUUUACCGCCUCUGACUGCCAACAAACCCUGGACCUGGACUCAAAGUCAGGGCUUUUGUUCUUACUGCUUUAAGCUUCAUCAGUAGAGGAAGCAUUUUAAGUCUUUGACUUAAGCUCUGUCUUAUGUUGACAUCCUUGGCUUUACAGUAUUAGUGUAGAAAAUGUCUUUAAUGGUACCUCAAAAAAAAAUAGGUUCAUAGAUAGCAGCUUUUUUUUUUUGCGUGUUACUUUUCCUGUGAAGUGAGUUAACUGAUCAAACAUUGUCUUUGUGAGUGAAAGAGUGUCUCCAAAAACAAUUUAAAAUCACAGACGUUGAGAAAGUAGCUUUGAUGAUCCCAAACACAGUAACUGUAAUGUAGCUGUAGCUACUCCCUUUCUAUCUUCACUCAUUUCUGAUGCCUUACUUUAAAUUAGCCUUGACAGCUGUUAAACGCACACACGGGGCUAAAUCAAGAGUUAGCAGCCGAACCCCACCCAUGAAAAAGCUUCCCGGUGUAGCCAGGAUUUGAGGAAUAGAGGGAGGGAACUAUUUGGGUUGGAAACAAGAGGUAGCCACAGCAGAUGCAGGAGAACAGAAGGCUACUUUUCAGCUUCACAUUCCCAUGAAACCUGGUAGAAGAAGUGGUGCUGAGUCAGGAUAUCUGCAGGUGUGCCAUGAGGUGCAGACUCAGAGAGUGGAGCUUAAUUUUCACAUCCCGCUCGGGCUUAAUGUAACCUCAAACUCAGUCUGGGGAUGGGAACAAAACCAGCUCUUACAACAGUCGGUCUGCUGAUUCAGGAAUAUCACACAUGGCCAUAAACUCUCUGUUUUUAAUGUAAAUAACAUUAGCUGUCAGUCCUUUUAAACUUAAAUAUACAACUGGAAACUGUAUAAAAAAAUACAUUGUGCAUACUUUGUCAUGCUGUUUUUCUGAAAACUUUUUUUUUUUUUAAUGUGUUUUAUAUACCUAGUGUUGUGUGUCAAGUUGAGGUUUCUUAGAGAUUUUUUGAAAUCUGUGUAUAAUUACUGCAUUUGAUUUCAGUACAUCUGUACCAUUCUGCACCAGUCUGACAACACACACACACACACACACACAUAUAUAUAUAUAAAAACUAUAUCUAUCUACCUAUCCAUCUAUCUAUCUACCUGUGUAUAUAGAUAGAUGGAUAGACUGAAUGGGAAAGUGGUCUCAGAGUUUUGGACCACACUGUAUAUAGUAUAUAUAGUUCAUUAGGCAAAAGCAUUCAAUCAUAAAAGGAAUCAAAUUCAUUUUUAUGUCAUAAUCGCACUCCACUCAAAAUGAGGAUGUUGGCAUUGUUUGUACUGCAUGAGGUCUCUUUAAUAAAGAAAAACUUUA